AUGAUGCGAUCCAUGCUACCGAGGCUCGUGAGGCCGUCCCUGGCCAAGGCCCCAACCGCAGUUACAGUCACAAUUGGCAAUAGGUUUGCCUCCUCUUCCACCGCGCCGGUCUUCGAUUGGCAAGAUCCCCUCGCAUCUAAAACGCUGUUGACUGAGGAGGAACUGGCAAUUUCAGAAACUGCGGAGCGAUAUUGCCAGGAGCAGUUGCUACCUCGUGUGCUUCAGGCAUAUCGCGACGAGAACUAUGACACAAAGAUCCUCGAAGAGAUGGGCGAGCUUGGCCUGCUAGGUGCCACAAUCGAAGGUGCCCGGUACGGCAUUGCUCUUGGCGUUAUGGGCGCUUUGGAAGACUGCAUCGCGAGAGCAAGGACGUAUGCGCUCGAGAGGAAACAGUUCAAGGGAAAUCCCCUAGCCCGCUAUCAACUCGUCCAGAAGAAGCUGGCUGACGCCAGUACUGACGCUGCUUAUGGCACGCUGGCCGCCAUUCAAGUCGGCAGACUGAAGGAUGAGGGCAAAGCCACGCCUGACAUGAUUAGCAUGGUGAAGCGCCAGAACUGCGACCGGGCCCUCCAGAACGCUCGCGUGCUUCAAGAGAUCUUCGGAGGCAACGCCGUUAGCGACGAGUAUGCUAUCGGCCGACACGUGGCGAAUUUGUUCGUAACGCAGACUUACGAGGGCCAGAGCGAUAUACACAGUUUGAUCCUGGGGCGGGCCAUUACGGGGGUGCAGGCGUUUGUAUAA